AUGGAAAAUAAUAGUCAAUCUACUUCAAUGUUACAAUAUAUAUAUUCACCAAGGUGUAUGAGAGGAUCUGGACUGGUGAUUGGAAUAUUAGCAUUGCUUUUCUCUGUAAUUUUACUAUCAAUUUCUCUUUCCAAUUCUUUAGAUCAUUCAGCUGGUAAUGAUAAUAAUGAAAAUACAAGCUAUGAAAAUAAUAAAUUACCUCUCUGGGUAUUAGAUAAUAUAAAAUCGAAUAGAAUAAGAGAAAAUACGAUCAAACUGUCGUCCGAUGUCUUUCAAGGCAGAGAGCCAGGCACUCUUGGUGAGCAAAUGGCCGUUGACUUUGUACAAACUGUAUUUCAAACGAUUGGAUUGGAACCGCAUGGUGACAACGAUUCCUAUAUUCAAAAGGUUCCAAUCUAUUCUUUCAAGUUGGAAAACCCACAGCUCAAGAUAGAUUCAACUGAUUACACUUUUCUUGUAAAUUAUACACUUUCCACCGAACUUCGUCAAGAAUCAGUCAGUUUAGAUUCUAUUCCAAUGGUAUUUGUAGGAUAUGGUAUUGUAGCACCAGAGCACGAUUGGAAUGACUACAAAAACGUCGAUGUAAAAGACAAGAUAGCUGUAGCAUUUUCAGAUAAUCCCAGUACAUUCAGUAAUAAUUAUGGAAGAGCUACAGUCAAAUAUGAGUUUGCUAGACAACAUGGAUGUGCUGGUCUAUUAUUUAUCUAUAGUAACACAACCACUCUAAAGGUUGUGCCAUGGGAUCCAUUGGUCCAGCAAUAUGCGAUCCAACAGAUUGUCCUUAGUGAAACAGUUUAUAAGAAUCCACUACAGGUUAAAGGUUGGUUGUCCUAUCCCAAUUCUGUUCAAUUGGCCGCGGAUGCAGGCGCUACUCUUGCCCAAUGGGAAAUAGCUGCCAAUUCCAAAUCAUUCCAGCCAAUCCAAUUAAAGAAUAAGUAUUCUGUAACUUUUAAUAUAAAUGGUACAGUUAAAGACAGUCAAACGGUAAUUGGUGGAUUUGUAGGAACUAAGAAUCCAAGUGAAGUAGUAGUAAUGAUGGCUCAUCAUGACCAUCUUGGAACUCUUAAUGUUGGUGGUAAGACACAGAUCUUCCAUGGAGCAGUUGACAAUGCAGCAGGUGUUUCGAUAUUGAUGGAAGUUGCAACGGCACUUGGAUUAUACCAGAAAAUAGCCUCUACGCCAACCUUCUCACAAGUGGGACCGAUAGCCACAUUCGAGCGUACUGUCCUUUUUAUUAGUGUGACAGGCGAGGAGUAUGGAUUCCUCGGUUCACAAUAUUUUUUGAAUCAUCUUCCACGUGUGGUCGCCAAUCAAAGUAGUAUCGUUGCAAUGGUCAAUUUCGACACUGCCAACGUUUAUAAUGAAACAACCGAUGUCGUUUCUCUAGGUUUUGGAUUCUCAAAGCAACUCGACCAAGUGCUCAAUGUAUCGGCUGCCGACGAAAAUAUGACGGUUUCUCAAGAUAUAUUUCCAAAUCUCGACUUUUUGUAUAGAACUGACGAAUUUCCAUUCUUACAAAGUGGCAUACCAGCUACUACACUUUCUAUAGGUCAACAUUUUAUCAACCAAUCGAUCGAAUACUACCAGCGUAUACUUAUCACCUAUCUAUCCACACGAUACCACACACCCAGCGAUGUGGUGCUCGAUGAAUAUACUUUUUUAGGUACUGUUCAACAGGCUCGAAUCGCCGCCAGACUUAUUUAUUAUCUUGGAAAUUCCAAUAUCAAACCAAACAUGACCAGUUCAAUUCAAUAA